UUCAAACCUCUGUUCCUUCUCAAAUGGAAGGUUUCAGUAAAAGGAAAUGAAACUAAAGAAAUACAUAGCUGCUUGCACAUGAGAUCCGCACUGGACUCUGCGGAGAAAUAAUCAACAAGUUACUGCUUAUUUAGUGCAAUCUGAUUCCAAUUCUGAGGGGACUUAGUGCUGCAAAGCAAAAAAGCGAACAAUGUCAUGGAAAGUCUGGUUCUCAAUCAUUCCAUGUGUAAAGCGAAAGGAGGAAAAGGAGGAAAGAAAAAGAUCAUUCUUGAAGAAUGGAAGCAUCUUACUAAAGGAUCUAAUUGCUUCUUGUGAUGGAAAAUCUCAUCCUAUUCGUUGUUACUCUGCUGCUGAGCUCAAUAGAGUUACCAACAACUUUGAUCGCUCUUGCUUUAUUACAGAUGGAACAUACUUCGACAUUUACAGGGGUAUUCUAGAUGACCGGACAGUUAUCAUUAAGAAGCAUUAUAUCGUCGACUGGGCUAUUCAUGAUAUUAUCAUAUCAAUGCAGAUGAGCGCCCAUAAGAAUUCCUUGAAAUUAUUAGGCUGCUGCUUAGAGUUCGAUACACCAGCUUUGGUGUUUGAAAAUGCAGGAAAAGGAGGUCUCAACGAUGAUGGGAGUUUAGCAGUGGAUAAUGAAUUAUUACCAUGGAAAACUAGACUGCGUAUUGCAAUGCAGCUUGCUAGUGCACUUACAUACCUACAUACUGCCUUUCCAAGGCCCAUCGUUCAUAGGAAUCUGAGACCCACCUGCAUUUUAUUGGACGAUGACUGUGUUCCCAAACUCUUCGACUUUUCAUUCUCCAUAACCAUUCCACCUGACCAAUUGUAUGUUCAAGACAAUUUCGGAAUAGGGACAUCGGCGUACAUGGACCCUACUCACCGAAACUCCCAUCGAAGUUCAGAAAGAACUGAUGUUUAUAUCUUUGGUGUGCUUUUACUUGUAUUCUUGACGCAAAGAGCUGCAUCAAGACGACAUGGAGCAGAAAUUGAACUCCUUAUUGGAGAUUCGAAACUUAAUGUUCCUGGUGGACAGAUUCAAAUAGAGACAAUUGCGGACCCUAAAAUCCUUGAGGAAGUCGUGGGAGAUGAGCAAGCACAACAACAACUGCAGGAUUUUCUAGCACUGGCAUUGUUAUGCAUCCAAGACGAAAAUGAAGGCAGGCCAGAUAUGAUUGAUGUGGCCAAAGAGCUUGUACGAAUGGACAAGUCUAUCUUGCCUUAGCUAUAGCUAGCUGUAGUUUUUUUUUUACCUAUUAAUGUGUUGAUGAUAAGGGCCCGUUUGGUAUCCUGUAGACAGGGUGGAAAUAUCUUGCCUUAGCUAGCUAUAGCUUGGCUACUAGUGAACCUGCAGCUACCUAGUUUGCUUUGUGUAUAUCUUAUGCAUGCUCAACCGAUUUCAAGGCAAGUUAUUUUUCUCAUUA